UACAAGUUUGCUUCCCCAGAGUUGUCCCACUGGCCAGUACCUAAGGGACAUGUUUACACACUGGAGGCCACAGCUUACGCUCUUCUUGCUCUGGUCAAAGUAGAGGCCUUUGAAGUAGCCAGACCUGUGGUCAGAUGGUUCAACCAACAGCAGAAGGUGGGCGGAGGCUAUGGAUCAACUCAGGCCACUAUAAUGGUGUACCAGGCUGUAUCUGAGUACUGGGCCAAUGCUAAAGAACCAGAGUAUGAUCUGAAUGUGGACAUCUUGUUGCCAGGAAGCUCAAAGCCUGACAAGUACAAUUUCAACAGGGAAAACCACUUUACCACGAGAACAUCUACAAUCAAAGACAUAAACCAGAAUGUGACAGUGACUGCCACAGGCACAGGAGAAGCAACAGUGACUAUGGUGUCGCUGUAUUAUGCUCUGCCUAAGGAAAAGGAAAGCGACUGUCAGAGGUUUAACUUGUCAGUGGAGCUCAUUCCAGAGAAAAUGGAUGAAGAUAAGGAGAUAUACAAGCUGAAAAUAGAGGUCAUGUCGAAGGACAAGAAGCACGAUGCAACCAUGUCAGUUUUGGAUAUUGGCUUGUUAACUGGCUUUACAGUUGACACCAAUGACCUGAACUUAUUGUCCAAAGGACGUGCCCGCACCAUUGCAAAAUAUGAGAUGGACACAGUCCUGUCAGAAAGAGGCUCACUCAUCAUCUACCUGGACAAGAUUUCUCACACUCAACCAGAAGAGAUCACUUUUAGGAUCCAUCAGCAGAUGAAAGUGGGCGUCUUACAACCAGCUGCUGUGUCUGUCUAUGAAUACUAUGACCAGACACCUUGUGUGAAGUUCUACCAUCCUGAGAGGAGAGCUGGAAAGCUUCUGCAGCUCUGUAGAAAUGAUGUAUGCACAGUAUGUGCUGAAGAGAACUGCAGUAUGCAGAAGAAGGGCAACAUCGACAACGAUGAUCGCAUAGCUAAGGCCUGCGAGAGUACUGAGACCACCAGAAUAGAUUUUGUGUACAAAGUGGAGCUGCGGAAGUUUGAAGAUGGUUUGUCCACUGACGUUUACACAAUGCGAGUACUGAAAGUCAUCAAAGAAGGAACUACUGAUGUGGGUCCUCAGGGUAAACUGCGCACAUUCCUCAGUUACCCUCACUGCAGGCAGGCUUUAGAUCUGAGAACAGGCAAAACCUACCUUGUCAUGGGAACAUCCAAAGAUAUUUACAAAGACGAGGAAAAUCAGUCAGUCACUCAGUAUCAAUAUGUGCUCAGUGAGAGAACCUGGAUCGAGUACUGGCCCUCAGAAGCAGAGUGUCAAACUGAGGAAUAUGGAAAUACCUGUAGGGGAAUAGAGGAGCUGGAACAGCAGUAUGCGCUCAUUGGAUGUCAGUGAAACAAGUCAAAUGUUCUUUUCAAAACCUCCACUGCUAUGAAAUAUGAGGGCUGCAAAAGUUACAAUAUUACACUGCAUUAAUUAAAAUGUUAUGGUCUCAUUG